AUGUUGCACACGUUUUGUGCUCGAGCCGCGAAUCGGACGGUCGUCGUCGGCAAGAACGUCAGCAGCGGCGGAGGGAGAACAACAUCGCGUUCAACAACAACGAGCAGCAGCAGCGCGGUUUGGGUGAGGGCGAGACAACGAAGAAUUUCUCUGUCGUCUUGGUCGUCGAAAAAGGGGAGCACUUUGCGGCGGUUUUCGACGGCUGCCGCUCGCACGAGCACGACAAGCAACAACGGCGACGAGGAGAGCGAAACGAGGAAACAGUCCUCUCACAAGAUAGCGCCCACGAUAUUACAAAACCGCUUGGUUCGACCCGAGCGCAUCGCCGUGCAAAGAAACUUCUCCUCCUCUAAUGCUGCUGCAGCAGGAGCGUCGCCUUCACCACCUCCCACGAAUGCCGCAGAAGAUAAAAACGAACAGACGACACAGACGCUAAUGUUACACAACACGAUGUCUAGAAAGAAAGAAAUUUUCAAACCUCGCGCAGAGAAUGGAAACAAAGUUCAAAUGUAUGUCUGCGGCGUAACUGUGUACGAUUAUUCGCACAUCGGUCACGCUCGCGUAUACGUAGCUUUUGAUGUCUUGUAUCGCACUUUACGACAGCUCGGGUACGACGUAACGUAUUGCAGAAACUUCACGGAUAUAGAUGACAAAAUUAUUAAUCGUGCGAAUGAAUCCGGCACAUCUUGCGAAGAGUUAACGGAAAAGUUUAUUCAGGCGUUUCACGAAGAUAUGGAAGCACUUGGGUGUUUACGUCCGGACUUGGAACCCCGGGCAACGCAGCACGUUGGCGAUAUAAUAGAUUUAAUCACGCGCCUAAUCGAAAAGAACCACGCGUAUGCAGUCGAUGGUGAUGUAUACUUUUCGGUCGACUCUUUAUCAAAGUAUGGAUCUUUAUCUGGUAGAAAUCAAGAAGAUAAUCGUGCGGGAGAGCGGGUUGUAGUUGACGGCAGGAAGAAAAACCCGGCAGACUUUGCUCUAUGGAAAACAGCAAAGCCGAAUGAACCUGUGUGGGAGUCUCCUUGGGGUAACGGACGUCCAGGAUGGCACAUUGAGUGCUCUGCUAUGAUAGAAAAACUUCUCGGCCCGGUAAUUGAUAUUCACGGAGGAGGUCAAGAUCUCGUGUUUCCACAUCAUGAAAAUGAACUCGCUCAAUCCAGUGCUGCCUGCGAUUGCGAGAUACACAAAUCAGAAGAUAAAAAAUUUGUAAGAUAUUGGGUUCAUAAUGGUUUCGUGAAAGUUGAUUCGGAGAAGAUGUCGAAGUCGCUUGGAAACUUUUUUACCAUCCGAGAAGUUUUGGCGCGAUAUCAUCCAAUGGUACUACGUUUCAUGCUCUUGGGUGCUCAUUAUCGAGCGCCAAUAAAUUACACUCAAAAAGCUCUCGAGGAAUCCUCUGAUCGCUUGUACUAUAUUUAUCAGACACUUUUGGAUGCCCGCGCUGCUUUGGAGCUCAAAGACGAGGAAUUUCGAGCUGAACUGGAGAAUUCCAAGCUUAAAUUAUCUCCACUUGCAGCAGAUGCUAAGAAGCUCGCAGAGGAAACAAAAGUCAGCGUUGCGCAAGCUUUAUACGAUGACUUAAAUACGCCGCUCGCAAUAGCUUCAUUGUCGGGACCAUUGAAAACUACGAAUGAUUUUUUGACGACGAAAGCGGGGAAAAAAGCCGUCGGUCGACUCUCUGCUUUGAGCUCCCUCGUGAGUGAGUUGGAAAACACUUUGUCGAUUCUCGGUCUACCAACAGCUGUCGAUAAGAGCACUUCUAUUUUAGCAGAACUUAAAGCUCUGGCCCUCAAGCGAGCUGGAUUAGAAGAGAAAGACUUAGAAGCGCUUAUGGCACAAAGAGCUAACGCUCGCGCGGCAAAGAAUUUCGAGGAAUCCGAUAGAUUAAGAGAAGAAUUAGCGUCGAAAGGAAUCGGCUUGAUGGAUGGCGGUGGCGGCGACGAUGCGUGGAGACCAAUUGUUCCAGCUGAAAUGUGA